AUGUCAAAUGUCGGCAACGAUGGGAACCCUAAGUGUGCGCGGUGUGCAAGAUCCGGCAUAGAAUGUAUUCGGAGAACACCUAGGAAGUUUCGGCACACCAUCUCGGGUGCUUCACUAGCAGGGUAUCGUACAUUGCAGUACAUUGAUGAAACGCCCGAUUUCACCGACACCUCUCCAACUGAGUCGUCUUUCCAGUCUCCCAAAGCUCUGGACAGCAGCGCCCAAGCACAGUCCUUCUCCCGGUUCAACUCGGAAGAAAGCCCGUCCACGCCAUUUGGAGCAUUCUCGGCGCGUCUUCUGGAUACUCCCCAUCUUCCUUGGCCGCAAACUGGUCCGAAAGAAGCAUGUCUACUGCGGUACUUUGUCGAAUACCUGGCCAGAUGGUUCGACCUUUGUGACCCGGAGCGCCAUUUCGUUAGGGCCAUUCCUCAGAUCGCCCGAGGGAGCGAACCACUGCGCAACGCCAUUCUGGCCGUAUCAGCAAGACACUUCAGCACUUUACCGAAAGAGAAACAGGACAAGAUCAUCGAAGAUAGUAAUCCUCCGAUCUACGAAGAACUAGACAGCCCCUUCAUCGAUCUCCCAACCGAAACAGCCAUCCAAGGCCUCCACGUCUUCGUCGAAGCACAGGCAAAGCUAGCCCUCUCCACGCCCGGCCUCCGCCAAGCCGUCUUCUGGGUCGGCUUCCGACAAGAAUUCCACGUCGCCUUCUCCCAGCAACGGCCCAUUCGUCUCCCGCUCUCCAUAACAACACCCUAUCUCAUCUGGACCCCUGCCCCAGACCACAUCUGGACGAACCGCCUCCUCAUCAUCUGCGCCUACGCCCUGCAGUACUGCUACGACGACCAGCCCGCCCCUCCAGACCGGUACUACGAGCUCAUUGACCUCCACAACCGCUGGCUGCAAUGCCGUCCUCCAUCCUUCUCGCCUGUCUACUACCAGAAACCAGACCACGGAGUGGGCGAGCUCUUCCCCCGAAUCUGGUAUCUGGAUGAUUGCCACAUCGUCGCGUCUCAGAGUAUGGGGUUGCUCAAUAUCCUCUUAACGGCUUACUCACCGCAUAUACCCCGUGUCGGGCCGAUCUGUCGUGAGUCGAUGGACAUCAUGAAUGCCAAGUUACGAUCUACUGUCUUUGAGAUCUGUGGAAUUGCGUUGUCGAAUCGGCAGUCGCCACCUGCGUUUACGACUGUUUGUAUUGCUAUUAAUAUCUGUGGGGACCGGUUUACGGAUUUGAGGGAGCAGCGGGCCUUGAUGGAGGUUCUUGCUAGUACGACCAGAGAGACGAACUAUUGGCCGACGACGGUGUCACAAAUGAGGUUGAAGGAGGUGUGGGGGUGGGAUGCUUGA